GAGGAACGAUCAGCAUGAAAUAACCUCAGCAUUUCAGAUCCACAACAGGCACAGAGCUGUACUUCUAUACGACAAGCUACACAAGGAGCUUCUCCCUCAUGAAGGUGUGAAAUUGACCUGCUACAGAAGUGAACACAUUGUGGGUUAUAAACAGAAGGAAAGUACACAGUCAUGGAUUCUGCUUCUCCGUAAUCCUGCACAUGUGAUGACAAUGAGACAAGGGAAGAACAGCACUGAGUGAUACUGAAAAGACACAGAGGUUGCGUAGUCACGGGAAACUGGAAUGUUGCAAAGCUUCCUCUGAGGCUCUAUAGCAACAUUCACAAACAAAGGCAGACAAGGGGCAGUUUGAAUGGAGUUUGUGGAGGGGUGGGUUUCCCUCCUCUGUCUCUUCCUGCUGUGCCCAUGUCAGUAUGUGUGUGUGUCGGUGUACUUCUCGAACCCGCGGCCGCUGUACGUGGCUCUGGGGCAGCGGCUGGUUCUGGAGGCCCGUGUCAUCCGUACCACAGAGGAGCAGAUCCUGUCAGUGAUGUGGGAGAGAGAGGAGGAGGGCGGGUCAGUUCAGAGAAAGGUCAGAGUGGCUGAGUUCCCUGGCACACCCAGCAAUCUCCGUGUGACAACCGAACAGGAGGGGGCAACACUGAGCAUAACGGACUUCCACAAGGAGGACUACGGCCUCUACACCAUCACCAUCACUGACCUACAAGGGAACCAGAGGUCUGCCGGCCGAGUGGUGAGACAGAGCGAAAGGGCACCCAAAGCAUCCAUCUCCCUUCUCUGUGACGUCCCCCGUGGCAUGGAGCAGUGGGACAGUCCGGAGUUCCUGUGGCUGGUGGACGGAGAGGAGGUGUCAAACCAAACCGCCAAUCUCUCCGCAGACGGCAGGAAGCUCUUCCCCCCCGGGACCUGCAGGCGGAACUACACCUGCAUCGUGAGCAGCAGCCUGGGGAGCAGCUCAGUCCAGUACAUCACAGACUGUCCCGAAGAGCCAAAGACGCAGAACAGGUGCCAUGCAUGCAUUGCAGUAGCUGUUAUCUGCUCUUGUCUCAUUCUGAUUCUGCUGUGUAUAUGGAGACGCAACCUUCUGCAGCGGCUCUGUCCCGCCAACUGACCUGGGAGCAGCGGCGAUCUCUGACCGCUGCAAUCAACCUGGGGACUCAUCGCUGAAUAAGCACCAUGAUCACCAUCAUCACGAUCAUCAUGAUCGUGGUGAUGUGACUCACCUGCCAGAGCCUGGAAUGGAUGUGUUCACUAGACGUUUUUCUUACAAAAUCAUGCUGUAUGUUUCUUCCAGGCCUGGUAGCAUGAGAGAACCCCUGUGAAGAUUACUGCAAAAACAGACAUAAUUUCCAUGAUCACAUUAUCUAUAACAAUAUUGAUAACAUCAACAUUGUAUUAUUAUUCUUAUUUAUUUCAUUUAUGUUUUGUUGUGGUUAUAUAGUGCUUGAAUAAACCGAAGGAUUGGUCUCUUUUACAGUAAGGUCACU